CGGCCGACUCCGGGGCGCUGCUCGCGGCCGUGCUGCCCGGGGCACCCGGGGCGGCGCCGGGUUUCAGCUCCCCGCCUCUCGCCCCGGAGCCUCCCUGCUCGGUGCCUGCGGGCUCCCGAGCCAGAAAAAGUGCCAAGCAAAAGGGCCGGUGACCCAGGCCGCCCCCGCUGCCCAUCGGAUCCCCCCGACCUCGCGGGUCUGCCGGUCUCCUCCUCCCGAGGGAGGGACCCCUUGGACUGGAGGCCUCAGACCCUCCUCAUCCUCGACUCCUGAACCCCCGCCCCCCACCCAAACAACCCGAGCUCUCCUGAAGGGUGAGCCCGCGGAGGCGCUGGGUGGCCCUGGGAGCCUGUGCUUUCCUUCCCUGCGUCCCUCCCCACCGCCGCGAACACCAGGGACUGUUGAUGUCCUCCGAAGGGUUACCUGGAGCCGUGUUGCAAACCCAUUUUCCAGCCUUUCCAGAGUGGAGAGUGUUUGGAUUACGAGCUGUUUCAGAAUUCUCUGCUCCUAGGAUCCAUUAUUUUAACAUUUGGGAGAGACACGUCCAGAAGCAGCACAAAGAAAGAGGAGUCGAGACGCUGCAUCCUUACUCCACUAUUUGUGAAGUUUUCUUUAUGCCUAGUGCUCCUGUGGUGUGCUGAGACUCGAACCCAGGUCCUGACACGUGGUAAAGUGUACACUGUACCAGGAUACUGAUACUUGGCUUUUAUUCGAGAGCAAAAGCUGGAGAAACAACACAUUCACUAAGGACUUGUUCUGGUUGCCGUGUGCUAUGGGAUUCUGCUGCUUUUUGCUUGGGAGUUGAUCAGCUGUGGUCCGACUGCAUUUGCAGUCCAUCUGCCUUCCACUUCGUCAUCGCCACAAGAACCCCUCAUCGGAAUGCCACAUCCCUUGUGUCUGAUCACGAUGGGAGGUGACACACGGACACUCAGUCAUUAAAAUCGUCUCUCACUCCCAGAAGGCGGCUACUCUUCCCAGUGACUAGACACCAGGCCCUUGCGAUCACUUGUGUUGAACAUGACUCAUGGGGAAGAGCUGGGCUCUGGUGUGCACCCGGGUUCUGUCGUUCUAACGUACCUCGAAGGAUUACUGAUGCAUCAGGCAGCUGAGGGCUCAGGGACUGCCGUCGACCACAAGUCUGCUGGGAGGGAUGAAGAGGCCCAGAACUUUAACGUCUCUGACGGUGCUUUUCCCACCUGUCCGAGUCAUGGUCCGGUGCUCGGCACGUAUCAGGGCUCUGGCGUGCUGCACCUCAAGAAAGCCCGGCUGCUGCAGUCUUCCGAGGACUGGAACGCAGCAAAGUCAGACAGCAAGAGGCUCUCUGACUCCAUCGUGAAUUUAAACGUGAAGAAGGAGGCUUUGCUGGCUGGCAUGGUUGACAGUAUGCCCAAAGGCAAACAGGACAGCACAUUACUGGCCUCUCUGCUCCAGUCCUUCAGCUCCAGGCUUCAGACCGUUGCUCUGUCGCAGCAGAUCAGGCAGAGCCUCAAGGAGCAGGGAUAUGCCCUCGGGCACGAUUCUUUAAAAGUGGAGAAGGAUUUAAGGUGCUACGGUGUGGCAUCGAGCCAUCUGAAGACGUUGCUGAAGAAGAGUAAGACGAAAGAUCAGCAGCCUGCCCCUGAUCUUCCCGACGUGGCUCAGAACCUGGGCCGAGACAGGUUCGUGGAGUCGCCCCACCACGUGGGCCAGGGCGGCGCCAAGGCGGUGAGCGAACCCCUGUCUUGCGCCGCGCGGCUGCAGGCGGUGGCCAGCCUGGUGGAGAAGAGGGCCAGCCCCGCCACCUCCCCCAAGCCGAGUGUCGCCUGCAGCCAGUUAGCGCUGCUCCUUUCCAGCGAGGCCCAUUUGCAGCAGUAUUCGCGGGAACACGCUUUCAAAACCCAAAACGCGAACCAGGCGGCAAGUGAAAGGCUGGCGGCCAUGGCCAGGCUGCAGGAGAACGGCCAGAAGGAGGCCGGCGGUGCGCAGCUCUCCAAAGGAGGCCCGUCCGGCCAUCUCAAUGGCCAGGCAAGAACGCCAGGCAAAGCCACGGCUGGCAAAAGUGCAGCCUUUCAAAACCCAAUGGGUCUGGGCCCUUCUUCCCCCAAAACUGCAGGUUAUAAGAACUCUCUGGAGAGGAACAAUCUCAAACAAGCUGCUAGUAAUAGUUUGCUCUUACAUCUUCUGAAAAGCCAGACCAUUCCCAAGCCGAUGAACGGACAUCAUCAGAGUGAGAAAGGAAGCAUUUUUGAGGAUAGCAGUACGCCCACCACCGUCGACGAGUAUUCAGACAACAACCCGAGCUUUACAGAUGAGAGCAGCGGCGACGAAAGCUCUUACUCCAACUGUGUCCCCAUCGACCUGUCCUGCAAGCAUCGUGUUGAAAAGCCUGAGCCUGCCCGGCCCGUGUCUCUGGAUAACUUCACUCAGUCCUUGCUCAACACCUGGGAUCCGAAAAUCCCUGAUGUGGAUGUCAAGGAAGAUCACGAGCCCUCGAAGAAUCCUAAGCUGAACUCACACCAGAAAGUCACCCUUCUCCAGCUGCUACUCGGCCACAAGAACGAAGAGAACGCCGAAAGGAACGGCAGCCCUCAGGAAGCACACGGAGACGGCCCCGCGGCGCGGUGUGCCCCGCAGAAUCACGCACGGACUUCUGUGAUCGAAAGCCCCAGCGCCAACAGGACUCCUGCGGGGAGCACUCCACCGCUCACGGCGCCCGCCGGUGCCGAGUCUCCCAUCAACCUCUCCCAGCACUCUCUGGUCAUCAGGUGGAACCCCCCUGCGUACGCCUGUGGCACUCAGGCCGAAAGACCCGCCAACACCACACCCAGUCACCCGAUGAUGGACCUGACGAAGAGCAGAGAGCCCCCGGGAGAGAAAGCGGUCCAGCACGAAGGGGGGGCGCAAAACUCCGCGACUUUCAGCGCCAGCAAACUGUUACAGAAUCUAGCGCAGUGCGGUGUGAUGCAGUCUGCCGCUUCAGGGGAAGAGCAGAGACUCGGGAAACAGCUGCUGAGUGUCAACGCAGAGAAACCCCUGGCCGGGAUGGAUAGAUUGCAUGGUCCUCUGGUCGCACACAAGACAAAUGCGGUGGAAGAAAAGAAAGCCUUUAGUACUCAAGCAGCAGACCCUGAGCCCGGACUUGGUGGUUCUGAAAUAGAAAAUCUGCUGGAGAGACGCACUGUUCUCCAGUUACUGCUGGGAAGCCCUAACAAAGGGAAGGGGGAGAAGAAAGAGAAGAUCCCUCUGCGAGAUGAAAGUCCUCAGGAACAGGCAGACAGAGCCCUAAGUGAACAAAUCCUCAUGGUCAAAAUAAAAGCCGAGCCUUGCGAUGACUUACACGCCCAUAAUGCGAGUGUGCCCUUGAGCCAUGAAGCUAAGGGUCCCCCCUUCCUGGGUGUGACCUCCACCGUGCAGAGAAAUGCAGCCGCCUUACCGGCAUCUGAGGACUUUAAAUCAGAGCCUGUUUUGCCUCAGGACUUCUCUUUCUCCAAGAAUGGUCUCCUGAGCCGACUGCUGAGACAGAAUCAAGAGAGUUAUCUAAGCGACGAUCUGGAUCCCGGCCCCAGAAAUAGUGAACUGACACUUCUAGAAUCAAAGAACCUUUGCAUGGCCCCUAAGAAAAGGAAGCUUUAUACUGAGCCACUGGAAAAUCCAUUUAAAAAAAUGAAAAAUAACGCAGUGGAUGCUGCCAGCAGUCACAGUGUUCCAGAGACUCUGUAUGGAUCUGUCCUUAACCAGCCAGAGCUGAAAGUUAGCAGAAACGACCUUGAAUUUAAACAGCCCGCCAGUCACGUCGCGGCCAACGAGAGUGAACAUAGGAGCUGGGCCAAAGAGAGCAAAAGCUUCAAUGUUCUAAAGCAGUUGCUUCUCUCAGAAAACUGUGUGAGAGAUUUGUCGCAGCCCAGGAGUAACUCCGCUGUCGAGAAUAAAAAGAAAGGGCACAAAAAUCCUGUGACCAAUAGCAAACCUGAGUUCAGCCUUUCUUCUUUGAAUGGUCUGGUGUACGGUUCCACACAGCCCCACGGCUGCACGGAUAACCGGACAUUUCCCUACCCGGGAGUGGUGAAAACUCCUGUGACCCCCCAGUUCUCUGAACACCUGGGCUGCCUGGGCUCUAGAGCCGAGUCUGGGCUUUUGAAGGGGUGCUCCAUGUCCAGCGAGAAGGGGCCCAUCAAGUGGGUUAUCACCGAUGGUGAUAAGAACGAGUAUGAGAAAGACUCUCCAAGACUCACCAAAACAAACCCAAUACUGUAUUACAUGCUCCAGAAAGGAGGUAGUUCUGUUACCGCCAGGGAAGCACAGGACAGGGACGUUUGGAGGGAACCCUCAGCUGCUGAAAGCAUAGCACAGAUGGGCGUCAAAGAAGAAUUACUUCCUGCUGGAGAAACUAAGGCUUCUUUCUUUAACGCCAGAACCCCUUACAGUAACCAUCUGGGAAACAAUGCCUCUCGCCCCCAUGGUGCGAAUGGAGAGGUCUAUGGACUUUUGGGCAACAUGCUCACAAUAAAAAAGGAAGCAGAAUGAAGUGGACCUGCCAUCCAGCUCUGGAUUUUUUUUUUUUCUUUUUAUGAAAAAACUAAUUAGUACGAACUUGAGAUCUGUAUAAAUAAGAGCAUGAUUUGAGUAGAGCAUGGUAUAAUUGAAACUUUCUUCUUUUUUUUUUUUUUCAUUUUGAAAAGUCUUGGUUACUGGUGAUGUUUAAAUAUGCAUACUACUCUUCGCUUUCUGUUAGAUGUCAUGAGGAAGCUACUGAACUAACUAUUGGUUGUUUGACACUUCUGUAUGCUUUGGACAACUGUGAGUUAGCGUAUGAAUGAAAUUCUUUAUGAUCACAAGUAGGCAGAAAUGAAAAUGCCACUCUCCAUCCAUAAGUGGCUUAAUGUGUUUUGCUGCCUCUACUAGGGUUCUUUAUUUUGCUUCACAGAAAACCACACACACAACACAUUUUUCAGAAAUCCAAAUCAAUAAAUGCCUUUCAAGGAUUCAGUUAUUGAAUUUAAAAAAAAAAAAAAAAAAAAACUUGUGCUGAUUCACUAAUCAUCCAACUAAACAAUAAAUUAAGGGGAAAUAUGCUAAAAUUUUCACUUUUGCUAAAAAAAAAAAAAGUUUAUUAAGUUUAUUUUUAAUUCUUGGAAGGGGUUUUGUGGUUUCCAAUAUAUCUGCUCCUCCCCAGACCUUUUCAAUAAAUGUUUCUUCAAACCUUGUACUACUUGGUAAAAAUUGAUUAUACCUAAUGGAAGUUUGAUAAAUCCUUUAAAAAAAAAAAAAGGCAAAUUUCCAUUUUUAUAUUUUAUCGACUUUACUAAUAUUCCUCCUUUUACAGAAUUAAGAGAGUUAAUGUUUAUCUUUAGGUGGUUUCCUGAAAAGCUGAAUAUUUAAGAAGUUGUUUUUAAAAGAAGCAAAACUGCUUCUCUUUGGAUGGUUUUCACCAUUUCGUAUAAAAGCUUCUCACCACUUCUGUAGUACCUGUCAGUCAUAGAACCAGGGUUUCUUAAAACCGGACUAAGACCUCCUGUGUUAGAGUCACUGCGAGCACUUGUUGAAAAUGCAGAUUCCUAGGCAAUACCUCAGACCUACCCAACAAGAAUUUUUGUUAAGCAGGUGACAUCUGCGUCUUAACACACUCCCUAGGUGUUUCUUCUGCACAUUAGGGCUUCAGACUCAUUGCACAUGACUUUUCUCAUAACACAAAACUGAAAAGAAAGAAAAAUAAAUAAAUAAAACCUUACGUGAUGCCUGUACUUCCCCAAUAUAGUCAUACAUACAAACUCAAGAAUUUGCAGUAUCGUCGUUCAUAUAAUUACCGUUAUGUCUUUCGAAUUCGGGUUCAGAAUACUUUUUAUGACACAAACAUUGGGUGGUGGGGACAACUUUCCUAUCUGGCUGAACAUCUCAGGAAAAUCUGAUCAUGUGUUCUAAGGAGUAACAUCACUUAUUAGCCUUAGGGAUGGAAUAACAGGGCCACAUAACCAACAAACUCAGGUGAUUCCAGGAUGGUUUGGCAACUUCUCCUGAAUACAUCCUCAACUUCUACUAAAACCAUUGUCCUAGUAAGAGCAGCGCUGACAAAGAUGAAAACACUUACUUCAAACCCAAGAGAGGCACUACACUCAGAUCAACUAAGGGCACAUAGCCAAAGCAGAACUGUACACAGUCACUCCAUUGGAAUCUAUUAUUUAAAAAAUAGUGAUUAAAAAUAAAUAUUGAUAUUAUCUUGGAAGAAUUUGAUAUUUUAUUGAGCAAGUUUUAAUCUUAGAACAACCCCAUGGUUUUGAGUUUACUUUUUAUAAUCCACAGCUAGUUAACUUUUAAUUGUGAGCCAGGUUAGCAACCAACCUAUCAAAAAGUUAUAUAAACAACUAUUAGGGGGGAAAAAAAUCUAUUUGAAGUUGUUUCUAAGAUUUUUAUAUGGAAAUUGGAUGUUACUUCUUAAAACCUCUAAAUGGUUAUUUUUUUCCCUCAGUUAUUUCUAUACUAGAUAGAUUAUAGGUGUAAUCAUCAAGAGUGAAUAUAGUGUUACGUCACGGAGGAGUGAAAGUAUGUACUUACUCUGAAGUUAAAAUUUUACUGACCAAUGAGUAUUCCAUCCCAUUUCUACUCUAUGACAUUCUUACCGUCUAUUCUAUAUAUGACAAAGCUUUUAAAAGACUUUGUUUUCUUGUCACUGAGAAAGUUUGGAACCCUAGAGCUGUGCUAGAACAAAUGUUGGUAUUGACCCAUGGUGAAGGGAAAAUAAGAGUUUUCAUAUUUAAAAAAAAAAAAAAAAGUGCCAUGGAGUCCAGUGUUGUUAUUUUUAUUUCUGUUGUUUGUUGGUUGUUUUUAUUGUCAGCAAUUAAAGGAGUAAUGAUAUGUCCUACAUAAAUGAGUAUGGCUGCCAAGAAUGCUGAUCUGAUUUACUAAAGAAUGCCCUGAGUAUGGGUUUAGGAGGAUUUUUAAAGAAAGGUGGUGAGAGAGAGAGAGAGAGAGUGUGUGCGCACACACACACACACACACACACACACACAGUUUUGUUCAUGCGUAUGGAGCUAGCAAGAAUACACAUCCUCAAGGACUGUCUUAGAUAUCUAGACAAUUUCUUCCUUAUGAAGUCAUUUGAAAGGGUACUGCAGCACUCACUGACAUCAGCCAGGUAGUAUUGGCUGUUUAUUCUCCACUGCAUCUUACAAGAGAAUGAGCUGGUGAGAGUAUAUAUUUUACAUAUAUAUAUAUAAUGUGUGUGUAUAUAUAUAUAUAUAUUGACUUGUUACAUGGAGAUGUUAAAAUCAGUUUUUAAAGGUGAUGUAAAUAGUGAUUUCCUUAAUGAAAAAAAUUACAUAUUUUGUAUUGUUCUAAUGCAACAGAAAAGCCUUUGAAUUCUUUUGGUUUCUGUAUAUUUCUUGUAUAAGUGUAAAUAUAAUCAGACAGGUCUAAAAACUGUGCAUGUGUGUAUACAGCGGCAAGUCUGGACAAAUGUGUAGAAUAAACCUUUUUAUUUAAGUUGUGAUUAUCUGCUGCAUGAGGAGUGCAUGGGGGACCCUGUGCAUCUAUCUGCAUUUGGCAAAAUGUCUUAGAUCAGAUCAGAUAUCCAUCCCAACACGACAGCAUUCCAUUUCUGGACAUGACCUUACGUGAUUUAAGCUUCGUGAGAGAAUGUGCUUUGAAUCCAAGGGUCUUAAAACUUUUUAAAACCAAGUCAACCACUUUUCGACAUAAAGAGUUCACACAGUUACUUCCAUGAACUUUUCAUCCCACCGGAAACAUAGCGCUAUGCCAGGAGUGUUCCAGCUAUGGGAUACAGGCUUUUCACCACUCACGGUGUGGAUUCUGGGCUUGACACAACCAAUUUUGAUGCAAUCUUAUCAGUAAUAUAAUUUGUCCUUUUUAUUAGAAAUUUAAUUUCUUCAUGUGAUGUCAUGAAACUGUACAUACUGCAGUGUGGAUUUUUGUUUUUUUAAUCUUUUAGUGUUUAUUUCCUGCAGUGAAUUUGAAUAAAUGAAAAAAAAAUACAUUGUC